UGCAGACGCAUGUGAAAAGCCACCGUGGUCCUCGUGGAACUCCAUCUAUCCAUCUAUCCGCGCCGGGAAGGGACGAGGUCACGCCAUUAAAAAACCAGCGCGGGACCGCGCUCCCGCGACCUCGAGGAUCUCGAAUCCCGGGAGAACCAUCCCUGCGCCGAGCUCUGAUCCGGCAACAAGUGGCCGGCUUGAUUCGAUUCGACUGGCUGUUUGUUUUACCCGCCACCACCACCUCUGCCGCUCCUCGGUUGUUUUCUUGACGCUGCCGACGGACCGUCCGUCCAUCCACCCCCACCUCGGGGCUUACCGUCCCCCGCUGUCGCGUUUAGAUUAAUCAAUGCGGGCGGGGCUAAUGGCGUGCGCCAGUGGACACUGACUGACCUCCGCACCACACCCACAUGACCCGUCGUGGGGGGGAAGGUGACCAGGUGAGGUGAGCCGCGCAGAGGUGCGUGCGUGCGAGACCGCCAAGGGCAACCAGCCAAGAACGAGGGCUCCUUCUUUCUUGCUCCUGCAUGCACUGUGGGAGAAGGUGAGGGACUGAGGAGAGGAGGAGACGGCGCUGUCGGUGGCGGCGACGGUCUGCGGCGGCGGCGGCCACCAUGAGCUGGAGGAAAGCCGGAGGCGAUGGAGGCGUGUCCAAGCGGUGGGCCGUGCUCCUCUGCCUCGGGAGCUUCUGCCUCGGCCUGCUCUUCACCAACAGAAUGUGGACACUGCCUGAGGCAACUGAGGUUCCACUACCCAAUCAAAGCGUCGAGGAAGGCAAAGCUCUAGUUGCUGCAGAUUGUGGUUCAAAAAAGGUUCAAGAACUGCAAAAAUAUAAAGAUGUGUUACCAGAUCAAGAUACUCAUCAUGAUGUACAGACACUAGAUAAGACAAUAGCGACCUUGGAGACGGAACUCUCGGCUGCUAGAACCCUGCAAGAGUCAUUGCUCAACGGUUCCCCUGUUUCAGAAGACUUCAAAGUUUCUGAGUCGAUUGGGAGGAGAAAGUACCGUAUGGUCAUUGGCAUCAAUACCGCUUUUAGCAGUCGCAAGAGAAGAGAUUCCAUACGUUACACCUGGAUGCCUCGAGGUGAGAAAAGGAAACAACUUGAAGAACAGAAGGGGGUCAUAAUUCGGUUUGUCAUUGGUCACAGUGCUAUAGCAGGCGGAAUUAUUGAUAGAGCAAUUGAAGCAGAGGACAGGAAACAUGGGGAUUUCAUGAAGAUAGAUCAUGUCGAAGGAUACCUUGCCCUAUCUGGCAAAACUAAGACAUACUUUGCUACAGCUGUUUCAUUAUGGGAUGCAGAUUUUUAUGUGAAAGUUGAUGACGACGUGCAUGUGAACAUAGCAACGCUUGGACAGAUAUUGUCCAAACAGGCAUGGAAGCCAAGAGUAUAUAUGGGGUGCAUGAAAUCUGGCCCUGUCCUAUCUGAAAAGGGUGUGAGAUACUAUGAGCCUGAGCAUUGGAAAUUCGGCGAGCCAGGAAAUAAGUACUUCCGACAUGCUACCGGUCAAUUAUACGCCAUUUCAAAAGAUCUAGCAACCUACAUAUCUAUAAACAAGCACGUCCUGCACAAGUAUAUAAACGAGGACGUUUCGCUAGGAUCUUGGUUCCUCGGGUUAGAUGUUGAGCACAUUGAUGACCGGAGACUCUGUUGCGGUACUCCACCCGACUGCGAAUGGAAAGCUCAGGCAGGGAACACCUGCGCGGCGUCAUUCGACUGGAAGUGCAGCGGCAUAUGCAACUCGGAAGGCAGGAUCUGGGAGGUGCACAAUAAGUGCGCCGAGGGCGACAAGGCGCUGUGGAAUUCCACUUUCUAGCGCGACCGGAACCCUGACUGAAGCAGAGGAAGCUCUCCUCUCCUGUCCUGUUUGUUAGUUGUUGUAUACUAGAUCGCCCCACGGUGCCGUGUAUGUAAUUCAUCCUGUAGGUAUAGCUGUGGUUUUGACCGUGGGACUGGCUGACACCGACGAAGCGGACCACAAUUUUACGUAGCGUCUGUCCGCCGGUGGCGCCGAAGGCGAAGGCGAAGAAGGGUAUCCGAGCUAGCCGUCGCCGCAUUCUUUUGGUGGAUAAAAUGUUGCAGGUGGCCAUUCUGUACCGAUCUCCUGUGCUGUUUGGCUACCACAGAUGUAUGACCGAAAUAAAACGUCCCUGAAUCCUGCAUUUCAGUGCAUUCUGGACUAGUUUUGGGUUUUGUAACAGCUGAGGCUCACUCUAAAUGAAAGGGAAAACUCAUGAUCUGCCGUUCCAAAUA